AUGUCAAACUCCCAGGAGCAGAGCCUUAAUGAGGAUGCAGUGUUCCUGCCGGUUACUGAGUCCUCCCCAGAGUUCCUCUACAGUGAGCUGGAACGUCAAGCAGUGGAGAGGCUGAUCAAUGCCGGACCAGAGGCCUUCUACAGCUCCAUCGGCGCAGAGCUCUCCGGCUGCUUUCUGUCGUCUGAAGAAGUGAGCCAGAUAACAAACUGGGCUCAAGACUAUCGCUUAAACCCAUCACAGGUGCAAACAGUGGAGAAUGGAUUCAGCUCAGACAUCAAUGACUUCUGUUCCACUUACUUCCCUUUACAAACUGACAUACCAGCCCCAGACCUGGAGCUGGGAUGGCCUGAGAAUAGCCCCUGGGUACCACAAGGAAGUAUUACAGUCCAUACCAGUCCUCCAGCUGAAGGGGACCCCCCUGUGAGAGAGGUCAUCAGACGGCACCUGCAGAAGGCCAGCCAAGUGAUUGCCAUUGUGACGGACAGGUUGACAGAUGGGGUUAUAAUCGGGGACUUACAUACUGCCGCGUCUCGGGGUGUCCCUGUUUACAUCAUCCUGAACCAAAGGUCCAUCCAGGAGAACUUCACACUCAGCAGGCUAAGGCAUCCGAACAUACAGGUCCGUGUUCUUGGAGGGAAAACCUUCUGUUCCAGGACGGGCAGAAUGGUGGUUGGAGAAAUGAAAGACAAGUUUAUUUUGGUGGAUUUAGAGACGGUCAUUCAUGGCAGUUACAGCCUCACAUGGACAGACGCUCACCUCCACCGGCAGCUCAUCACUGUUUUUCGCGGCCCAGUCGUCCAGACAUUUGACAGAGAGUUCAGGAUCCUCUACGCUGCUUCCCUCCCCGUCUUGGACACAUGGAGGGUUGGAGGAACUCACGUAGAUGUGAGCCAUCAGCUGAAAGAGUUCUCAAAUCAAGGGUUUAAGAAACAGCUCUCUUGGGAGCCUGAGUUAAUCAGCCCCCCUUCCCCACCUACUGAUACUCUCCUGGACUGGGAAGCCAUGGGGGUCUUCCAGAUAGACUCCUGCGUCCUGGACAACCCUUUUGAUCAACAAGAGGAAAUUUUAUUCAAGGAAAUCCCCCUGCAGAACAACAUGCUGUUUGCCAAAAACACACCCAUUGUGAAUGGUUUUACUGACAAUGGGAACCAGUUUGUGGAUAAAAAAAGGGUCAGUAAAAUCACCUCCCCAGUGACAAAGACCAUCCCAGAUAAACCAACAACUAUCAGGGAUCCUGAGUACUUUCAGACCAACACACAGCACUCACCAACAGACCCAAGGUCUCCAGAAAGAAUUAAAAAGGUGGAACAAGAAUUAGAGAAGGCCCUUUCCAGACAGCUCUCCACAGAGAAGAAAAAAAUCACAGAUGAUAAAACAAGACCUGAAGAUAAAGCAAAAGAGCAAACACCUAACAUGGUGCCACUUACUCCAACCAAGAGGAGAGCUCGCUCAAGGAAGGAGUCGAUCCCUGAGGAGGAGAGCAGAAUCACAAAUGAAACAUGCUCUAAAGUGGAGAACACGCCGUCUUCUAGAAAACCUUUGAUCCUGAUGGUGCCACAGUCUGAGAGUUUCAGCUCUCUCAGCGACAUCAUGAAGAGGAUUCAGCUUAAGGAGAGCUCUUCAGGACGGCACAAGAGAACAUCGAAGGCUGCAGUGUCAGAGAUGAGCCGGUCCAUGAUGGAUCUGAGUACAGCUAACACAGAUACAAGUAAUGAUGAGAGAGGAGUCCCCGUACCAAGGUUCAAGGGUGGUCAGCACUUUGACCCGAGUCCUGCUUCCUCCCUGAUGAAGAUCAGGAGUGAUGACUUGAAACCCUUAUUAUACAGAACUCCUAAAAACUUUCUGCCUAGAGAGAGGCCUCGCAGCUCCAGCUACGCCCUCAAAAUGGACUGGAGGAGGUCAUGGGCCGAGAUGAAAACUGAAGAGGAAUGAAGAAGAAAAGAUGAAAUGCUUUAGCAACAGCAAAUAUGGCUGCCAGCUGUGGCCAGUGUGUUGUUUACACAAAAUAAAUGGGAUAAUAAAUCACAGUG